AUUGUGCAGGUUCAGCAACAGGUUCAUCCCAGUUUUUCAGCAAAAGAAGAUUCCCUCUAUUAUAUCGAAGAGUUGAUACUUCAGCUUCUAAACAAACUAUGCAUUGCACAGCCCCGGACUGUCCAAGAUGUUGAGGAGCGAGUUCAAAAGACAUUUCCUCAUCCGAUCGACAAGUGGGCUAUUGCUGAUGCACAGUCUGCUAUAGAGAAACGAAAAAGAAGAAACCCUCUCUUACUACCUGUGGACAAGAUACAUCCCCUAUUAAAGGAGGUUCUAGGCUAUAAAGUAGAUUAUAAUGUCUGCCUUUACAUUGUGGCUGUUUUGGAAUAUAUCUCUGCAGACAUUUUGAAACUGGCUGGAAAUUAUGUUUUCAAUAUCCGACAUUUUGAAAUCUCCCAGCAAGACAUUAAGGUGUCUAUGUGUGCGGAUAAGGUUUUGAUGGAUAUGUUUGAUCAGGAUGUUAUUGGUUUGGUUUCGCUGUGUGAAGAUGAGCCCUCUUCUUCAGGUGAACUCAAUUACUAUGACCUAGUGAGAUCUGAAAUUGCAGAAGAAAGACAGUAUCUACGGGAGUUGAAUCUGAUAAUAAAAGUGUUUCGGGAAGCUUUCCUGUCUAACAGAAAGUUGUUCACAUCUUAUGAUAUCGACAUGAUCUUUAGCAACAUUUCAGAUAUUCAUGAAUUGACCGUGAAGCUCUUGGGGUUGAUUGAGGAUACUGUUGAAAUGACAGAUGAAAGUAGCCCUCACCCUUUGGCUGGCAGCUGCUUUGAAGAUCUGGCUGAGGAACAAGCCUUUGAUCCAUAUGAAACUUUGUCCCAGGAUAUUCUUUCCCCGCAGUUUCAUGAGCAUUUUAAUAACUUAAUGGCUAAACCGGCUGUUGCUCUACAUUUUCAGUCUAUUGCUGAAGGUUUUAAAGAAGCUGUACGAUAUGUCCUUCCACGACUUAUGCUGAUCCCAGUUUAUCAUUGUUUGCACUAUUUUGAAUUAUUACAGGUAAGAUGGGUGCAUUUGACGGAACUGGAUUUGCUUUGUGAUUGCGAAGAGGACCGGGAGUGUUUGAAACAAGCCAUUACUGCUCUUUUAAAUCUCCAAUGCAGCAUGGAGCGCAUUUACAACAAACAUUCACCUAGACGGCGGCCUGGAGAAUCAAUUUGUCGUUUCUACAAUCGCCAAGUAAGAAGCAAGCACCUGGCCAUCAAAAAAAUGAAUGAGAUCCAGAAAAAUAUCGAUGGUUGGGAAGGCAAAGACAUUGGCCAGUGCUGUAAUGAAUUCAUAAUGGAAGGUGUGCUGACAAGGAUAGGCGCCAAACAUGAACGCCACAUAUUUCUCUUUGAUGGUUUGUUAAUCAGCUGUAAAACUAAUCAUGGACAAUCACGACUUCCAGGUUACAGCAAUACAGAGUACAGACUUAAGGAAAAAAUUAUCAUGAGGAAAACACAGAUCAUUGACAAAGAUGACACUUGUGAAUACAAAUAUGCUUUUGAGCUAGCAUCUAAAGAUGAAAAUAGUGUAGUGUUUGCUGCUAAGUCUGCUGAAGAGAAGAACAAUUGGAUGGCAGCUCUGAUUUCCCUUCAGUAUCGCAGUACACUGGAUCGAAUGCUUGACUCAGUGUUACUGCAAGAAGAAAAUGAACAGCCACUGAGGCUGCCCAGCUCAAACAUGUAUCGUUUUGUAGUGGAAGACUCUGAGGAAAACAUUGUUUUUGAGGACAACCUGCAAAGUAGAAAUGGAAUCCCGAUCAUCAAAGGAGGAACUGUAGUGAAACUAAUUGAAAGGCUAACGUACCAUAUGUACGCAGAUCCUAAUUUUGUUCGCACUUUUUUGACAACCUACCGCUCCUUUUGUAAACCACAGGAAUUGCUGAGCUUGUUGAUCGAAAGAUUUGAUAUCCCAGAGCCUGAGCCUACUGAAGCAGAUAGGUUGGCAAUAGAGAAAGGAGAGCAGCCAAUCAGUGCAGAUCUGAAAAGAUUUCGCAAGGAAUAUGUCCAGCCAGUACAACUCAGGAUAUUAAAUGUUUUUCGACACUGGGUAGAACAUCAUUUUUAUGAUUUUGAAAGAGAUCUGGAGUUGCUUGAUAAAUUGGAGACAUUUAUUGCAAGCGUAAGAGGCAAAUCCAUGAAGAAGUGGGUAGAAUCCAUUGCUAAAAUUAUCAAGAGAAAAAAACAAGCUCAAGCAAAUGGAGUUAGCCAUAACAUUACUUUUGAGAGCCACCCUCCCCCAAUUGAAUGGCAUAUUUGCCACCUGGGACAGUUUGAGAUGGACCUGAUGACCCUACAUCCAAUAGAAAUUGCUCGUCAACUGACACUUCUGGAAUCUGAUCUCUAUAGAGCAGUGCAGCCAUCUGAACUUGUUGGGAGUGUGUGGACUAAAGAUGAUAAGGAAAUCAACUCCCCAAAUCUAUUGAAAAUGAUUCGACACACUACAAAUCUUACUCUUUGGUUUGAAAAGUGCAUUGUGGAAACAGAGAAUUUUGAAGAGCGAGUGGCUGUGUUAAGUAGGAUUAUAGAAGUCCUUCAGGUUUUUCAAGAGCUGAAUAAUUUCAAUGGUGUGUUGGAGAUAGUCAGUGCAAUGAAUUCUGUGUCAGUGUACAGACUAGAUCAUACAUUUGAGGCAUUACAGGAGAGGAAAAAAAAAGUUUUGGAUGAAGCAGUAGAACUAAGUCAAGAUCACUUUAAGAAAUACCUAGCUAAACUCAAGUCAAUCAACCCACCCUGUGUGCCUUUUUUUGGUAUCUAUCUAACAAAUAUUCUGAAGACAGAAGAAGGGAAACCUGUCACCAUGAUCAAAUUCAGCAAGAGGAGAAAAGUGGCUGAAAUUACAGGGGAAAUUCAGCAGUAUCAAAACCAACCUUACUGUUUACAGAUAGAACCAGAAAUACGGCGGUUCUUUGAAAAUCUCAAUCCUAUGGGAAAUGCACCAGAAAAAGAGUUUACAGACUAUUUGUUCAACAAAUCAUUAGAAAUUGAACCUCGAAACUGCAAGCAGCCACCUAGAUUUCCUAGAAAAACAACAUACCCGCUAAAAUCUCCUGGAAUAAGGCCCAAUACUGGCAGACAUGGUUCCACCUCUGGCACCUUGCGAGGUCACCCAACGCCAUUGGAAAGGGAACCAUGUAAAAUAAGUUUCAGUAGGAUCACUGAAGCAGAGCAUGAAUCAGCAGUAUCAGCCCCAACUUCUCCAAAUACGCCAUCUACUCCACCAGUUUCUGCCUCUUCAGAGCUUAGUGUAUUUUUAGAUAUUGAUCUCAACAGUUCUUAUGGUAACAAUAGCAUCUUUGCUCCUGUCCAUUUGCCACAGUCAAAAUCUUUCUUCAGUUCAUGUGGUAGUUUACAUAAACUAAGUGAAGAGUUUCUGGUUCCUCCUCCACUUCCACCACGCAAAAAGUUUGAUCAGGAUGCUUCUAACUCUAAGGGAAGUUUAAAAUCUGAUGAUGACCCUCCUGCUAUUCCACCCAGGCAACCACCUCCUCCAAAGAUACAGCCUAGAGUUCCUGCUUACAAUAAUCCAUCUGAUCAGCUGCUGCAUAGUCCUCCUCCACCUCCCCCAAGAGACCCUCUUCCUGAUACCCCUCCACCAGUACCACUUCGGCCUCCAGAACACUUCAUAAACUGUCCAUUUAAUCUCCAGCCACCUCCUUUGGGGCGCUUUCACAGAGAUCCAGAUCGGUUCAGGGAAGCCAGCACAUGCCCAAGCUCACCAAACACUCCUCCAAGCACACCCUCUCCAAGGAUACUGCGUCGCUGCUAUGCGCUCAGCUCGAGUCACAACAACCUUGCCCAUCCUCCAGCUCCCCCAGUCCCACCAAGGCAAAAUUCUAGCCCUCAAUUACCAAAACUGCCACCAAAGACUUACAAAAGGGAGCUUUCCCAUCCUCCUUUGGACAGACCAUCUUUGCUAGAAAAUGCAGACGCGCCUCAAUGAACUUAGCCAUAUUAGUCAUUGACACUGGAAUAGUAUUUGUAAAGUUCCUUUUUUAUUUAUUCAAAAAAGGCAGUGUAUUUUAGUACUUUCACAAAUAAUGCUCUUACAAAGUGCUGCUGAUCAAAAAAAAAAAAGUUUUUAAAAAUUAGAAAAAUAAGAAUAUUCACUCUAGUCUUUGUCUACUCCCGCAGCAUUACCCUCAGGUGAUCAGUAGCAUUGUCUUGUCUCCGAUCCUCAGUGCCGACAGUUAUGCCAGUAUAAAGAUUAUAUAUUUUGCACUGUAAACUACACUACAUGAAUUUAAACUGACAUCAGUUCAUUGCACUGAGCCAAAAAAGGUGCGUUUGUGGAAUUUUUCAGAUUUGAACACUAGUGGCCUUUUUUAAAAAAACAAACGGUGGAAUCGCUAUACAAGCAUGAGGAUGGGUAGUGUUGCUUAUUUUAAACCUCUCUGGCUACUUGCCUUCUAAUUUUGUGUAAAUUUCGGAAGUUUGUGAAUGACAACUACUGUUCUCAGAGUUUUAAUGCCGUGUCUUAAUAUCCAGUCAUUUGCUGCUGAAGAUGAAAAAGAAAAGGAAAAAAAAAAGAGGGAGGGGGAGGGAGGGUUGAAAAUCUAAACCUGAAGAUAUCAGAAUGCACUAUUAGUUUUGGUUAUUUUGACAAAGUAUAACCUAGGACUACCUAACCCAUUUAUUGGAAAGAAUCCCUAGUAUUUAGCAUGCAUCUUGUUCAGAUGUGCCUUUUUGUUUUGGCAGGCAAAGGUGUCUUAAGCUAAAGAGUUGCCUACUGUUUUGGAGAACAAAGCUAUAUGCCAUGUAUGUACAGCUGUUUAUAUUGUAUAUUUACAGAUAAUGCUAAUAACCUGUAUAAAUUUAAGUGACUUGAGGCCUGUAAUACAGUCUGCUACUCUUGCAAUCUUAAACAUUCAGAAGUAUUUCCGAUGGCUUAGGAACAAAGUAUUGCCUUCCAAACCUAAUCAUGUUCUUUAGAUCUAACUGCAUUUAAGUAUGAAUUCCCUUUUGGAAAUUGGUAGCAUUUAGACCAGCAAACACUUAAAGCUUUAUUAAACUUUUUAAACUGAAAAGUGAAUGGAACUUUCUUUGCCAGUUGAACUACUUAUUGUUUGAACUGGUGUUUUACUGGUAGUACUGUAGCAGAAUUUGUAAAGUGGUCAAAACCACAUUUUAUUUACUGGUCUGUGGCCUUUUACUGUGCUUUGUAUCAGAGUUCUUAACAAGAUUAAUAAAUCAUCCCAGUCUUAAUUUUUAA